GCGAGCGAGCAAGUGAGGGUGCGCGGAGGGCCGAGCUGCUAAGGAAUAGUAGGAUGGCAGCUGAGACACUGAACUUUGGGCCAGAGUGGCUUCGUGCUCUCUCCAGCGGCGGGAGUGUUGCUUCCCCCCCACCCUCGCCGGCCAUGCCAAAGUACAAACUAGCCGAAUACCGAUACGGUCGAGAAGAGAUGUUGGCACUUUAUGUCAAAGACAACAAGGUUCCCGAGGAAAUCCAAGACAAAGAGUUCUCGGCUAUUCUUCAGGAUGACCCCCUGCAGCCCCUGGCGUUGGUCCCCUUAACGGAAGAAGAACAGAGGAACUUCUCCAUGUCUGUGAACAGUGUUGCCGUGCUCAGGCUGAUGGGCAAAGGGAGUGGGGCUGCCCCGGCCGGAGUCUCCCGGGGGAGAGGCAGCACACGAAGCCGAGGCCGAGGGCGCGGCGAGAGCGGCUUUUACCAAAGAAGCAUCGAGGAGGCCGAAGGAGCGUUUGGUCGUGGCGGGGCUCGCGAGAUCCAUCGUAGCCAGAGCUGGGAUGACCGAGGAGAGCGGCGAUUUGAGAAGCCCAUUCGAAGGGAAGGAGCCCGGGCCCCGUUUGAGGAGGGUGCUCCACCAGGCCGCAAGGACUUUGCCCGCUCAGACAGCGACAACUGGCGCACGCUCCGGGAGGAGCACGAAGAGGAGGAAGAGGGCGGCAGCGCGGUGGCUGGGCCCGGGGGCAGCUGGCGGCAGAGCGGGGGAGCCAGGCGGGAGAGCGAGCGCUGGCGCUCCGCCAGCCCAGGGGGCCUCGGCUCUCUUCUCUCGUCCCCGACAGACGGAGGACCUCGGUCAGCAGGGUGGCGCGAACACGGCGGGGAAGGGCGCCGGCGGAAGUUUGACUUUGACUUCCGGGAGCGUGAGGAAGAACUGCGGAGCGGCCGACGCCACCGGCACAACAGCGACAGCCUGGAGGAGGAGAAGGACGGCCUGCCCGAGUGGUGCCUCGAGGAUGAGGAGGAGGAGAUGGGGACCUUCGACUCGUCUGGGGCCUUCAUGUCCCUCAAGAAGAACCCCAAAGAGGCCGUUCCGGAGGAGCAGGAGUUGAGUUUCCAACCUCUCCAGGAGGAGGACGAGGACGGGGAGGACGAGGGGGAGGAAGAGCUGCCUGAGGCCAAGGACGGCCUUAGUCGGAGGGAAAGUGGAGACGGUCCCCUCAGCCCCGCAGCUAAGGAAGGAGCCGAGAGAGUCUCAGAACGGAAAGAUCCCCGGCCGUUGCCAGAUGAGAAGCUGCCGGCCCCGCCUGGCGCCCCGUGGCGCUCGGUGCCCUCUUUCUCGGCGCCUGCCAUCACCCCAGCUGGAGAAUGUGAAGCCAUCAGGCCCGGGGGCUCAUCAAAAGCCGAGGGGCCCGCGGUAGCUGCCGGUGACCACCUUGACGUGGAAGCGAUGGAGAGGGAUCCAGGCAUCCUCAACCCGCCAACCCAGCUCAGCCCUGUGGCUGUCUCCUCUCUGCCCCCACCAGCCUCCGCCUCCUCCUCCUCCUCCUCCUCCACUGUUGCUGCUACUGAAUUCACAGUUGGGGACAACGAGGAUGAGGAUGGGAUGAAGCACCUGCAGCAGGUGAGUCAGAAGAUGGUGGCCUCCUUGCAGGACAGCUCCCUCGAAGAGGAGCACUUCACGCAGGCCAUUGCGGACCACCACAACACGGCCGCCGCCCUGCCGCUCUCUCACGAAGCCGCCAUGAAGUGGUUCUACAAGGACCCCCAGGGCGAGAUCCAAGGCCCCUUCACGACCCAGGAGAUGGCAGAAUGGUUCCAAGCUGGCUACUUCACCAUGUCCUUGCUGGUGAAGCGAGGCUGUGACGAGGGCUUCCAGCCCCUGGGAGAGGUCAUUAAAAUGUGGGGGAGAGUGCCUUUUGCCCCAGGUCCAUCGCCCCCGCCUGUCCAGGGCAACAUGGACCAAGAGCGCCUGAAGAAGCAGCAGGAACUGGCCGCGGCUGCCCUUUAUCAACAGCUCCAGCAUCAGCAGUUGCUUCAGCUGGUGAACAGUAGGCAGCAGUACGCCCAGUGUGCCCUCCAGCAGAAGGUGGCGUCAGGGGACUUGACCCAGCAGCAGCUCACCACCUUCCUCCAACAGCUACAGUCGCUCAAGCCAAGCAGAACCGGGGAGCAGGGGAUGAUUCCUUCAAUGAACCGAUCAAUAUCUGUGCCAGACACCGGGUCCCUGUGGGACGCACAUACCUCAGCCUCAUCACAAGCAGGUGGUGAAGCCAGCUUAUGGGAUAUUCCAAUUAAUUCUUCAACUCAGGGUCCAAUCUUAGAACAACUUCAACUGCAGCAUAAACUACAAGAAAGGAGGGGAGCCGAACUCAGGGCCAAGAGGGACGAGGACGAGCGGAAGCGGCGCCAGGAGGAGCAGAAGCGGCGCCAGGAGGAGCAAGAGGAGCUGUUCCGGCGCAAGCAGUGUCGCCAGCAGGAGCUGCUUCUGAAGCUGUUACAGCAGCAGCAGCAGCAACAACAGCAGCAGAAUUCGCACCCACUCUGGGGCGGGCUGGCCAAGCAGAACAUCUCCAUGAAGGCCCUGCUGGAGCUGCAGCAGGAGAGCGAGCGCCACGUGCAGCAGAAGCAACAGCAGCAGCAGCAGAGGGCCCAGCAGAGACUGCACGGGGGCCACAGCCUGGCCAGCCUCUCCUCCCAGUGGGGGGUGGAUUCAAGCUCACUCUGGAGUGGCCACGACAAGAACAGCUCCAUCAGCCUCUGGGAGGAGAGCAUGAAGAACGUUGGGCCCCUGACCAGGAGCCUCGGCUUGAAGAACAGCCGGAGCAGCCCCUCCCUGGGCGACACCUACAGCGCAUCCUCCCGGCAGAGCAGAAAGAAGACAGACGAGGAGGAGAAGCUGCUGAAGUUGCUGCAGGGCAUCCACAGGCCCCCCCAGCAGGACGGCUUCACCCAGUGGUGCGAACAGAUGCUCCACGCUCUGAAUACCUCCAGCAACCUUGAUGUUCCCACCGUGGUGGCGUUCCUGAAGGAAGUGGAGUCCCCCUAUGAAGUCCAUGACUGCAUCCGCUCCUACCUGGGAGACACGCUGGAAGCCAAAGAGUUUGCAAAGCAGUUCCUGGAGCGCCGGGCCAAGCAGCGGGCCAACCAGCAGCGCCAGCAGCAGCAGCAGGAAGCCUCCUGGCUGAGCUCCAGCAGCCUGCAGUCCCUGUUCCAGGCCAGCCACAACCCCAAGCCACUCUCCUUCGAGAACAGCCAAGCUGUGAAGAUCAAGAGGCGCCCCAUGAUGCUGCACGCCGACCCCAGCAUCCUGGGCUAUGCCCUUCAUGGCUCCUCAAGCGAGCUGGAGACGGUAGACGACUACUGAGGGAAUUCCUCGUCACAGCAAUAGGAACCUCCCCCCCCUCCCCGCCGCUGCUGCCUUGAUUUAAACCCAUUUCAGUUUCGGCUGAAGGUUGUGCACUGCAGGAGAGGCAGCCGGUUGCCCCCUCCUCCUCCUCCUCCUCUUCCUCCUACCCCCUCCCUGAAGAGGGCAGGAGCCCCAUUCGUUCAUUCGUGCUUUGGGGGGGGGGCACGCAGCAGCGGCAGGAGGCGGGCAGCCAGUGGCAGCACGGAUCAGGUGGACCAGGCCAGGAGAACGCUGAGCACUUCUUUCCUAA